UUAGUUAUCACCUUGUAAUAUUCAAGGUCGCGUUAUCGAUCACUUUUAUACAUAUAUAUGCAAUAUAAAGAAAACAACGCAUAAAUCUGGUGAUAAUUAAAUUUCCAGCGGUAUUGUUGUAACUUCCCCUAAUAAUCAUCAUCAUCAUCGUCACCAUAAUACAUGACCUUGUCGUGCUAUGUUGUGAAGCGUAAAGUUAUUCCUCUUCGUAGCAGUAUAUUUCCGACGCCCCUGAUUUCAGACGCUGAAAAUUAAACCGUAAGGGGAGAUGCCACUUGGAGGGUGAACGUCUCCCUUUUUUCGACGUCACACGACGCCGACGUCAAUUUCGUUCUUCAGUCUAUUUCGACCUUUUACGGACGUUCUUACGUGAAUUUUUUACGACUACGAUACUCGACCAGCGAUUAUGGCGUCUUUUGUGUAGGUUUUCACGUUGUGUCUGUUAUGGUUUUUCUAUUAACUCUGAUAUGAUUGGAAAAUGUAUCAUUUCUUUUUUGAAUAUUUGGCUCGGCGGUGCUGUCUUUCCAGUUGGCGAUGUGCCUGGUAUUCAAUUUUCGAUUCCGAGAAGUCACGUAGCUCUUGGAGGAGAUUUGCACGUGGAAAUAAUUUCGACGUCCUUUCCACCUUUAUUGUUACAAUUAUCGAGAUCCGAAAAAAAUUCUGUCAAAAUAUUAACGACUUUUCCGGUUUUUCCUAAGGCCGGUAUACUUCCUAAUAAUUUUACGGUUAAUAUACCUUGCGGCCAUUUUUCCAGGGAAGGAUUAUACUAUAUUAUUAUAAAGAAACAACCUAUAGGUUGGAAAAAUUCGUCGUUCGAUGUUCCUCCGGAAAAUUUAGUAACGACUAAAAGUUUGGAUGUACGAUGGCCGACAUCUAAACUUACAAUAAACGCGGAUAAUUUAGAAACGUAUCCCGAUAAAGCGGUCACGGCAUUUAUCGAAUACCCCGAGAUACGAUGUACUCCACUGGAUAAAACGGAAGUUGUAGAAUUUUUUACGGAAUUACAUUUUUGCGGCGAUUCCGGCAAUUCCAUGAUCAAUUGUAAAAAUAACGCGUCGAAAAAUAAUACGCAAGUUAUGUAUUCCGAAAAAAUUCGAGGAUUUCCAGGACGUCGAGUUUUUACUAUAGACUGUCAAUCUUUCGGUUUAGCAGGAUAUUACGGACUUUUUUUAAGAUCGUCUUCUAAUUCGUACCGACUUCCGUAUUCCGCCGCUUAUGUCAAGGUAAAUUGGAGCGAUCAAUUCGUAUUCAACGUCCACGCGAGAAGUAUUUUUCCUUGCGACGUUCUCGGCGGUGGCGUAACCGUACUUUUCGAAUAUCCCUCUUGCAUUUUAACAACCGGUGAUAGAAUUCGUCUUUACGCUAGAUUGAGAGCCGACGUAGCAAGUUUGGAUCCGCCAACGACAUUAGAAUACAUCGCCGAACAUAAAGUUGUUAAAGGACAACACAGUUUGUAUUUCGAAUGCGAUUUGUUCACCGAACGAUACGUGGAAUAUUGUUUCGUUUACGUUAGUAAAGCUAUUACCGGUACCAUGACCGAUAUCAGGAUGGAUUGCGUACCUACGAUGCCCGUUACAGAUCAAGAAAGUGGAGGUUGGGGUAGUUGGAGUCCGUGGACGCCUUGUACUAGUACUUGUUUUGGUGGAACAAGAAGUCGUUAUCGUUUUUGUGAUUCGCCGCCGCCAAGAUAUGGAGCCAAAUUUUGUGAGGGUUCGGCCGUGGAAACGGAAAAAUGCGGUGCCGAUUCAAAAACUAGAUGGGAUUGUCUCUACGGAGAAGAUGCCGGUUAUAUUAAAGAUAUCGUAUCGGAUACGCCGGAAGUACAGACGGAAGUCGGUUCUUAUUGUAGAUGCGGAUGCGUAGUUCAUUUAGGACAAGCCAAACCGACGAGAUUAUUAGCGACGUCUUCGCAAAGUUGUCCGGGUAGAAAUUUCUGGCUGAUUCAAGCGGACUCCGAUUCUUUGAUCCGAUUUCGAGUGAUCCAAUUUCAUCUUUCGUGUCGGAGCCAAUGGUUAAAAAUACGCGACGGCAACGCUUUGUCCUCAAAUUUGUUGGCCCAUUUAUCGGCCGCUUCGAACACGGCGUCUUUAACGGUCAAUUCCACCGGGGAAAAUUUAUUAUUAGAAUUUUUCUCCGCGGACGACAUAGAUGACGGCGAAAUUUGCGGCGGAGGAUUUAUAGCACGAGCUACACAAAUAAAAAUUUCAACUUAUAACGUAACCGUCGUUCCCGUAGCUCAAAAUAUGGGAAUCAUUCCGAUAGUUAUAUUAAAGAUGACGGCCGUACAUAUUACUGCAAUUUUUUUUCUUAGCGGUCUUUUGAUCGCUACUAUUUCGCUCGGAAUACAAUAUUUGUUUCGUUAUCGUAAAUAUCACGUAGCCGGAAUCGACGAUCAAGAUUCCCUUUCGAAUUUUUCAGAUGUAACCGCGCCUUUGACUACGAGAGUAUCAUCGAACGUUACUCUUCUUUCCGAAGUAGUAUCUUUAAGUAGAUUGCGACCGCAUUUAAAAUUACGAGCCAAACAUACACGACUACGAGAAUCCGCGGAUUGUGAUACGCUCAAACAAGAUGAAAAAGUUACUUUAGCAAAAGAAGAAUCGUCGAGUAUAGGUAGUACUAGUACUUUAACUCAACUAGAAACUGCAACGGUACCAGAAAACGACGCCGAACAACCGACUAUGUCGACGAGUUUGGCCAAUUCCUGUCAAUCGUUGUCAACUUUGAAAAGAUCUUCGACGAUCGAUAGCGACAAAGACAAAUCCGACGAAAAAACCGAUAUCAAUAAAGAAUAUACAUCUAGAAGACCGAGCGCUAUAAGCAACGUCACGUUAACCAAUGUGAGCCUGAUAUCAAAAAUUCUUUCUACAAGUGACCCGGGUUGUUAUUCUUCUGCCGGUACUUUAAUACACAAAGCUACAAUCAAAAGUACAUCGGUAAAGGAAACGAAAGAAAUGAAAAACCGAGAAAAACUCAAAUUGGUACCAACUGGAUCAGAUUUUUCGAUAUCGGCGCAAGAUAUCGAUUUAGAAAUGGAUUAUUACGAUUACAACGUGGUGAAUGCCGGUGCUGCUCCUGGUUCGUAUUUAGGUAUGGAUCCGGCGUUUUUGGUAUGGAUACCACCGUUAGACGAAAUCGGUGAAAUAUUCCCCGAUUACGAUAAAACGGAAUACCACGAAAUGGCGGAAAUUAGAGAAUACGUCGAUCCCGGUAGUAACAAAGAAUCUCCCGAAGAAGACGCCGUACUUUUACCGGAAAGUAAGGAACAAUCGCCCGUACUAAAAUCGAAAAAUAUCGACAACAAAUGUUUAUCGGAAGUUGAACCGUUGGUACAUAAAAAAAUAUCGGAAACGCGACUAGAAGAUUUGUCGAAAAAAUUGAAAGUGUCUCCGAAGUUACUUAGAGAAGACAUCGAAAAAGAAACGGCCGAGAAAUGUUUGAGUUUCGAGAAUAUAAAAUUCGCCGACGAUGAAGACACGGGGAAUUUGAGUGAAAAUAGUUGCAAUACGGAUAUAGCAUAUCAAGAAAAGAAUGUCAUAUCUUCUAGAUAAAGACUGAUUAGGUAAUAAAAUAUUAGAGGGCAUUUUAUGGAAGCUAAACAACGAGUUUGUUGAAAAUUUGUUUGUUUUCCAAAAUUUUAAACUCGUUGUUUAACUCGAAAUAAUUUUAUAUUUUUAUUUACUUCUUUAUAUUAUCUGAUAUUUUUAUUUGUACAUAACAAAUUCCGACUUAGCAUCUAUGAAAUUAUAUAACUAUUAUAAAUAAGAAUAUAAAUGGCACGGGAUAUUUUAAAGAAGAAAUUUAUUUUAUUUAUAUUGUUUGUAAUCAUGUUAAUGUGUGUUGUCGGGGUUCGUUGCAAGAUUUUGUUGUGUUUAAGGGGUAUACAAAUUUUGUAUGCUUUCCCAAUAGGGCGCCGCUCAAUUUUUUUAACCUAAAUUGAGAAGGGAAUAGAAAUAGGUUGAGGUAUCUUUGGGAGUAAAGCUGCUUAUUGGAAAUAAAAUACAAUGAUUUGGUUAGGUUAAAAAAAAUUACCCGCAAAACUCAUGAGUUUUUGGUUUACAGAAAAUAAUGAAGUAAAUUUUACAACAAAAGAACUAAUAUGAGUUGAUCUGACCUUUAGCAACACAUAAGGCUUCCUACUUGUAAGGAGAAUACAAAUAGGACCAUAUCCGUUGUAUGCGGUUAGGAAUUAAAGAAGUUCAUUCAUUUAAUUGUCCCGGACUAGGUAGUUUCACGAGACAAUUUUUGAAAUCGGCGGAAGGCUCCUUUAGACCGGCUAAAUCCCGUUUUUCAAAAAUCUUAACGCUACCACGGUCGCUGACUAAAAGAACAAUGUAAAUACCUCUCCCUCCAAUCGUCAAAUUCUCAGUCGGAAAUAUAACGACUUCCGCAAAUAUAAAAUUUGGAGCCAAAUUGAAAAAUUUAUAACCAAAUCCAUAACGAAAAAUUCCACAUCGGUUGACAGUCAAAAGGAAAAUAUGAAUGAAGUUAGCAGCAGACUUCUUGAGCAAAAUCGGGUCACACGUCAUGACGACAAUCGAGCCAGGUGCAACAAUAGCUCAAUUUCAAAAACAACAGCCAACAACUCAUUCCUCAAAACAACCUUUCAACGAACUGAACAACCAAAAAUCAAUAUCUGCAAAAUUUACAAAAUCUGCACGAAUAACUUAAUUUGUGAACAGUUAAUUGCCACGUCUGGCAAAUUUCGAAUAAUGCUUGCUUCCUUUAGACCAAUACUUAACCUCAAAAGAAAAUAAACCAAACAUUCAAUUUGUUUAUAUAAAAAUAGUUCAACAAAAGGACAAUUUAAACUUUGCUAAAUAACUUAAAUUCCAGGAACCCAGUAUGUCACCAACAAGUACAUACAAAACAUUCCAUUUUUAUUUCUUUAUUUUAGCUACAUGCUAAUAAAAAACAAGAAGACUAAAAAGUGCAAUUUUUUAUUCAUAAAUUUUCCGUAUAUGAUAAGAAAAUAUUAUUAUAAAAUGGGUAUGUUCUAAUAUUCAAUAUUGCAAUUUAAAAAAAAAUUAAAUCAUGGUAAUAUUAAAGCUUCAUUGAUCGAAGGUUAACUGUGAUGAUUGUGAAUGUUUAUUGAUAAGCUUAUGAAAUAUUGGAACACUCCUUCAUAGGAAUUUAUUUUUCUGUGAUUUUUAUCCUUUAGAGAAAUAUAAGUUUGCCGCACUUGAUAUUAAAUUUCUGUAAACUAUUCUAAUGUUACGAACAAAUUGUGUAAGAAUCAUUUAAUAUUCCAUAAAAAAACAUCUCAAAAUGAUUAUUACACGAUUCGUUCAUCCUAACGAUAAUUUAUAUGAAUAAAUAUAUGGAGAAAAA